GAGAGUUUUUCAAUGGUAAGAGUUCACAAAAUAGUUUAUGUGGUCAGCAACCCCACAAGAUAUUAGAGAGUUUUUCAAUGGAUUAGAAAUAAGUCAGGACGGGAUUGUCCUGGCACGCAAUGGGGACGGUAGAGUGACUGGUGAAGCGUACGUGCUGUUCUGUGAUGAGGACAACUUCCAGAGGGCUAUGACAAGAAAUAGGGAACAUAUUGGCAAAAGGUACAUAGAGCUGUUCAAGUCGUCGGGUGAGGAGAUGGAAUUAGCGCUGAAACGCGCAAUAGCCAGCCCCGCAUCACAACCCCGCCCCAAACUGAACACCACUCGGCAACGACUGAACAGCUCUCACUCCGUUGAUUUCUCGGGUCGGUUCCACGGUGAGCCGCCGCCCCUGUGGGAGGUUACACCCACUAUAUCACUCCCCUUCCAAGGUUUACCGCAGCCCUUCUCUUCCAACCCUACCUCCCCUAUUCUGCCUGCCCUGUGGAUGCCGGAACGUGUUGAUGAAACGUGGCUUAAAGCUCAACUUGCGGCCAAAAAACAACAUGAUUCCGCGACUCCACUGCCGAGUACGAUAAUGGACUGUGUUCAGCUCCGCGGGUUACCUUAUUCUGCGUCCAGGACCCAAGUACUGGAGUUCUUUGCAGGUUUAACUCUCGGUGAAGGUGGAAUCCACUUUAUUUACGACGGCUCCGGUCGCCCAACCGGAAAUGGUUACGUUCACUUUGGGAGUGUGGAGGAUGCCAUCAAAGCCACGGAGAAACACAAGCACCACAUGGGUAAUAGGUAUAUCGAGGUGUUUAGAUGUCCCCGUAUUGAGAUGAUAAACGCAGUCGGUCCGUUCCGGUUUAACUUGCCACAAAACCCCUGGUCCCCAUCCACAGCCAUGCCCAUGAACGGAAGUUCAGGUGCCGGGGCUCACCCUGAGCUGCUUUCACCGAACACUAUGUUCCCCUCGAGUCCUAGCUCCUUCUCUCCUGUUGUUCUCCCCCCUGGCCCUAGUCUCUCGUGGGAACAACAAAACGAUUUAACCAACAGUGCAUACGCUCUCGACCAAGCUGCUCAAAACUUGCUGAAGACCCAGCAGUCGUGGCCUCGAAUGUCGACCUUCAGCCCGGACAACUCCAGUAGCUCUGCAAACUAUUGCAGUCCAAGCAAGGUAAAAGUUGAUCCGAUAAGCAGUGCACUACUGUCUCCCCACGUCGCAUCGACUCAGAGCAGCCCAAUCAACGAUCUGCAUCUCGACUUCAUCAGGUCCCUGUCCCAGGUCAGUGUACAAGACAACAACCCGACCUCGCUGACCUCCGAGCAAAUAGCGGACAACCUCUUCUCGGCGCUGCCCAACUUCUUCAACUCGGACUCGUUCCUAACUGGUAACUCAGCUGACGAGCAGCGGUCAACAUCCUGGUCGGACGGUCUGACCAGUGCUACACAGAGCAGGAGUGUCGUUAAAAUGCGGGGUAUACCUUACAACACGGACAAGUUUGAGAUAUUAAACUUCUUCAGCGGCUUCAAUCUCACUGAGAACGAUAUCUUUAUCUGCUACAACGACGACAUGAAACCGACUGGCGAAGCGUAUGUCAACUUCACAUCGCUUGAAGAUGCACAGCGCGCCGUCGUGGAGAAGGACCGCAAGCACAUUGGACCGCGCUACGUUGAACUGUUCCUGGACAGGUAAAUAGCAUUCCUAUCUCGGAUGUGGCCAUCUUAUAACUGAAGAAAUAAUCAGGGGUUGAAUUUAAGUGGACUGGGUAUUUAUUGCGUCCCGAAAGUGCGAAAGUGCUUAGCACCACGGUUAAAAUGACGAUAGUAACCAACAGUUGCAGUGGUUGCUAGGCACUGAGCGCAGUGUUCUGAUAAAGAGGGCUACACUAUAUCGUUGUACAGUAUAUUAACUAUCUUGCCAUGAUAUUUUACUGUGGUGUAUCAUCAGUACUAUGUACAUUGAUCAUUCUAGCUUAACGAACAUGUAUGUGUAGUGAAUGGUAGCAUUUAGCCUUUAGGGUGCGGUCUAUAUUUGAUAUAAUAAUGUUUUGGUUUAUUGUACAAAGUUAUUACAUGUAUCUUGACGGGGUAGCUUAUACUAUUAUAUAUAUAUAUAUAUAUUAUAUAUUAUAUAAUUAUAAAUACUAUAUAUGAUAAUCUAUGUUGUGUGUAUGUCGUGUCAAAUAUAUAAAUAUGCAUAAUAAUAUAAUAUAUGUUACAAAAUUAUGUAUUGGACGUAUUGAUUAAUUAGUAUAAAAAACUUCUUGGUGUCGGGUUAUUAUAUUUAUCGUUGAUUUUAUAAUUUUCAAAAUUUGUUUUUAAUUCACACGAAAAUCUUAAUCACGCUCAGGGUUUAAUUUUUACUUUGAAUUGUAGUGCGCUAACAAUGGUUUGAUUCCAAGGAAAUGAUGACAUGAGCAUUUAUAACAAGGGGUAUUCGCACAUAAGUACAUUAAUUUCACAAUCUUCGUUAAAUUUUGACGAGUUCAGGUCGGUUUAAUGAUGGUUCAUUUUGUGCAUGAGACUGAGGGGUUAUAUUUACUUAACUUUAUAUUUACUUAACUCAAAAGUUGAGUAAAUAAUUUUUGAGUGUGUUUCGUGUGGGCAUGCUAUAAUUUUCGUUGAAAAACUUCAAUCGCUCCACAUAAAAUGUUGUCAUUUCCGAGUAGCUUAGUUUCUAGAAGAUAUUUAACGAGGAUUGAUAAAACUCAAAUUAGUAUUGCGCAGAACUGUUUGGUUCACUUCUCAGUUUAGAAAGUGCACACGGUUGCUGUUUAAUACGAUUCGUAGACGUACUAGUGGUUAUUUGUGUUUUGUUUGAAAGGUUCAUUUGGUUUAAGUUUUACCGGAAGUAGCAGCUAACAAAGUCAAAUUCCGAACAUACCGCGAGAUCCCAACAUUUUAUCCUAAAGUAAGGAUUCCUAAGGUCGUCUUGAUUGCACGUGCAAUGUUAAGACCUGGAUACAUCCCUUUUUUUGGCCGGUAUUUGACUGUGUUAGCGUAUUUCUGUAUGGCACUGUUGUUGUCGUAAAUGAAACAGCACCCAUAACUAUAUGUGAUUCAAGUGAUUGUUUUCACGGUAAAAUUCAACAUAUAAUAAAGAUAUGAUACUAUGUGGGACUUUGAUAUCCGUAUAAUUUUCUCAAUAUAUGAUAGGGCGCUGCCAAAGUUCGAUGUUAAUUCGCGCGCCGUUGCAGGGUUAGUUUGUUUAAAGAAAGAUAUAUUUAUUGUAAAGUUCCCCGCGUGCUACCACUUGGUAGCAUGUCGUGAUUUGAUUUUUCUACCAUUAUGUUAGCAGUAAUAGUCAUAGUCACAGUUCAUAUAGUUCCGUCCCCAGUGAUCCCAACAUUAUGAGGUGAUGUUAAGAAUUUGAAGAACGCACAAGUGUUGAAUGUUGAUAUUGCUUGAAAGUGCGAUGGUGGAUAAGAUUAAAGUUGUUGUCUCUAACAAUUAGGAGGGUUGCUGGUCAGUGGGGACAAAACAAGUAGUCUAAUAUAAGAUUAGCUAUGUACUUUGUAAUCCAUGAUUUUGCCUUUAAAAAGAACCAUACCUUGAUUGAUAUCCUGGAGCUCUAGUCCCAAAGCAUCUGUAUAACAUUCUGUUCAUCUUCAAUCUGUCACGUAAUCGGUUAUUUUGUUUGUUCAAACCGCACACAUUUCACGCCGAUAUUGUUUCUCGAUAUCCUAGGGGUCGUUCACAUAUCACGU